AUGCGUUGGUCACAAGCAAUGAAUGCAAACGCACUGCGGGCGUACUUUAGGGCAAAAGGGGAAGAAACUGGAUGUUUGGCAUAUCGGGCUAGGAUGCAUCGUCUUUUUGCUGAGCUGGAGCCAUCUUUAACCGUCACAGAGCAAAACCUGGCAGACCGAGUUCGGUAUAUCUUGCGCUCAAAUAUAUUUGAUGUCGCCGAACUCGAACGGCUGCGACGUGAGGCUGUUCCCUCGUCGGAUGAGAAUGCUACGGCUGAGGAUGCGGCGCCACAAAUGGUAGAGCAACCCGCAAACGUGGAUGCCGCCGUGAAUACCCCAGUUGUGGUUGAUUCAAACGAUGAUGGAACAGUCGCCCAGGAACUGGAAUUAGAGCAUAUGAGGAGUACAUUGGAAGAGGCGAUUGUGGAAACGCGCAGUACGUAG